AUGCGAUUGCCGUUUAGUUUUGUGUUUGUGUUGCGAUCGACGCAUUUGCUGCGACUCCUGCAACACCAGCGCCGGUACAGCGAUAUUAUGGGCGCCUUUAUCUUCAUAAUUGUCAAGCGCUUCGUCAGCCUAUCCAUUGUGGUACUCAUUGUCUACUAUAUGUACGCCAUCCUCGGUAUGGAGCUGUUCUCGGCCUACGAUCUCACCAAUUGCUGUAAAAACACAUCCAUUGAGCAGUACUUCGCGUACUCACCCAACGCUACUCUCAAUGGCUACUACUAUCUCAACAACUUCUCGGACAUUGUCGUCAGUUAUGUGACUUUAUUUGAGUUAAUGGUUGUCAACAAUUGGUUUAUACUGAUGGACGGCUACGCCUCUGUCACCAGCGACUGGAGUCGACUCUAUUUCAUGUCAUUCUAUAUCAUG